AAGUUUCCACCUGUUCGGUUGUCUCAACUCGUUCGUGACUAGCCCGUCACUUUAAUUUACUUUUUAAACUUUUUAUCGUAAUUUUUAUUUGUUCGUCAAAUUCGUAGUAUGGCUAUUCAAUUGCAUCAACUGCUCCUUAUGUUUACUGAGUAUUUUCGGAUCUGAGAUGGGUUUGCUUGAUUUUGUGAGUGUGCGUUUCGAAUGAUGGUAGCAAUCAUUUUGCUCUGAACUUCCGAUCAUCUCUUGUUGUGGGUUCCAUUUUCUCUCUCAUCUCUUGAUUCUAAUUCCUUGCCAUAAUUCUGAUCCAAUGAGGAAGAAACUUGAUACCCGUUUUCCUGCUGAAUUAGAUGUUGUACAAGCAAACUGUUACACGUUGAAGACAUUAAUCUGCAGGCUCGGAUAAAGAAGAUAAUGCAAGCAGAUGAAGAUAUUGGAAAAAUAGCACUAGCAGUGCCUGUUUUAGUCUCAAAAGCUCUCGAGCUAUUUUUACAAGAUCUUUGUGACCAUACUUAUGAUAUAACUCUUCGUAGAGGAGCAAAGACCAUGAGUGCAUUGCAUUUGAAGCAUUGUGUACAAAGCUACAAUGUUUUUGAUUUUCUGAGGGAUGUCGUGAGCAGGGUUCCUGACUAUAGUCAAGGGUGUGGGCAUGGUCAUUCUGAAUCUGGUGCUGAUGAUCGGGUUGUUUCAAAGAGAAGCAGGAAAGCUGCUGGUUAUAAUCACAGCGACAGUGAUGAGGAAUCUAAGAGGAGCAAGAUGCAUGAGUUGAACCACACAGGCAAUACUGGAAGGGGAAGGGGAAGAGGUCGAGGUAGGGGAAGAGGUCGAGGUAGGGGCGCUCGAAUUGUCGAAAGAGAUAACUAUCAUCAGGAGGUUGAACCUGAGCCUUGCACCUUUUUUCAACAGAGCAUCAAACAUAAUCCAAACACAAGUGUGAUAGAGGAAAAUGGUUCAGCUUAUCCAAAAAAAGAAGAAAAUGGUUCAGAGUUAAAGGAGUCACGGAAGGAAAAUACUGUAGUUCCUGGUGAAGAAGGAUCUCAGUCUCUCACUAAUGUUGAUUUGAACUCCAAAACUAAUGAAAAUGUAGGCAAAAAUGCUGGCACAACUGCUCAUGCCUCAGAGCCUGAACCUGCAACUGAGACCGAGCAUGAAGAUAUCCCUGGCUGGUCCAUUUCUGACAUCGACAAGAUGGCCAUUGACUCUAUGCAGCUUGUGCAGCUUGGUAGACGAUUAGAAGAGGAAGAGGAAGAUUAUGAUGAGGAAGGGUAAGUAAUCAUCACUUUUGAUGGCAAUCAGGUUUCUUUCAGGCGAAGGUAUCACAUGGUACUAUCAUUUUACUUGCAUAUUAAGAGGUUUAUUUUCAUUUUAAGAGUAAAUCUAUUGUUAAGAAUUUACUCCCUCAGGUCCUUAUUAUUAGGUACCUUUUAGAAGUAUUUUUUGGUCCUUAAUAUAUGGCACAAUAUGAGGUAUUGAGUACGUUUUUCCAACAUUACCCCUAUUUAAACUCAUUAACAAUGAGAAAGAAUGUAAUACAAAGUUGAAAAAUUUUCAUUUAAAUAGGGGUAAAAUUGGAAAUUUAUUUUAUUUUCGAACAUAGUUAAGAACUUAAUUGGCCUUUCUUGGUUCCGGUGAGAUAGUUGAAAGUGCCUUAUAAUAAGGACCAAAGGAAAUAUAUUAUUACAUUAGAAUAUUAGCUUGCAAAUAAAUCAUGAGUGUCAACACCGAAAAUAUACAGCUUAGUUGAAGAACAAUAAGGUGCAAAAUGAUAGUGUUAUUGAUAUUUCAUUUGAAAGGAUCAAGGUAAGUGACAAGCUCAAGAAGAAGAAUAAAGCUAUACAUGUAAUGUGGUGAUGUCUAGCCUCAAGAUAUCCAAAAACGCGCCAAGUUGUUAUAAAAGGGUCUGAAUUUAUUUUCUGUUUUUUCUGUUAGUAAUGGUUCUCAUGUAGUAAAUUUAGAUUUAAAAUGUUAGUUUUGUGCAUUAAUGGAUAAUUGUCGGUAGGGGACAACCUUGCUAGUACAGGGUCUUACUCAGAAAGCAUUGUGUUGUUCUAAUUAUUGUGUUACUCAAGCAAGAUAUUUGUUGUCUUGACAACAUCAUCAUCAUUUUUAUUUGGAACCUAAAGCCUAAAGGCACAGAUAUCCUAAUGAAAGCAAAAUAAAUUAAGGAAUCAUCAUAUGAUUACAA